AUGAGAAGAGGAGGUGGAGACGCUGGAGAAAAUCCUAGAGGAAAAUAAAAUUUAUAAUUUAAUAUGCCUGUCCCUAAAUUUUUAUAGUAGCUAAAAGAUUCGGUGUUAACUUCUGAGUAGAAAAAAACUAAAGAGCUUGAAGAUAGAUUGAAUAGAGAAGAAGAUUUUGAUAUUUAAAAUGCGGUAGUUAUAAGAGAGUAAUAGGAAUAGUAAGAGAAAAAAGAAAUAGAAAAAGUAGAUAUGGAUAAUUUUAAACCUCAAUACGUUAGUAAAUAAGAUAGAAAUGGAUUAGGAGCACUAAAAGAAGAAAUAGAAAAAAAAAAGAAAGAAGAACUUAAAAAAAAAUAAUUGUAAUUGAAAAAAAUGGAUGAAGAAAAGUAAAAAAAAGACAAAACAGAAAGUAAAGGUAGCAAAGAGGGCACAGAUAAAAGCAGUAAAAGUGAAUAAAAGACUUCAUCAGCAUCUUAAAGCAGCGUGCUAAAUUAAAAAAGAAGGUCUAUUGAAGAAGCAAUAAAAAACCUUGAAAAAGAAACUACAAUAAAAAAGAAGUAAGUAGUUUAGUAAAACUUUCUAUCUUUUAAUGAAGAUGAAGAGGAUGAGUGA